AUGGUUUUGUAAGGACCGCUAGUGUUGCGUCCAUUAUACUUAAUGCACUUGUCACUAUUCUUUCUCAGUGACAGUAUUUUGAGGCUUGAUAAAAAAAUCCCUUUUGUCCCUUGAAUAGUUCCCACUCCAGAAGGAGAGGACAGCCCGUGGAAAGGGAGUGGAGGCAACACCACAACGAGGGGGUAUGGCGAGAAGUACAAGAGGAGAGGAAGCAGGAGUCUGUCCCCAGGGGUGUCUGCCUGUCUAUGUGCCCUGUCCGCGAGCUGCAGGACAGGGAGACCCAGAACUUACUCCACCGAUUUGAGGUGUUGGCGGGCACCGAGCGAGAACACUGGCCCAGAGCUGACCCCUCGAGAGUGGUAAAGGAGUAUGCUAGACCUGCAGCAGGGAAGGACUCCACUCGACCUAGUGACCUGCGACCACCAGCUGUGCUGCUAAAGACUGUGUUCUACCUCAUCGACAACAUCGCUGCCUCCCCCACACUGCGUCCAUGGACAGAGGCUAGUCAUCUCCACUGUAUGCCUUCGCUGUUAUCUUGUCAUUAUAUUUUAUGCAACAUUUCAUCAACACAUUUCUUCUUGUUAUGUGCAUUUCUAGGUGUAUGACUUUGUCUUUGACCGGCUGCGCAGUGUGAGACAGGAUAUGAUCAUCCAGAGGGUGUCUGGUGCUGACUGUGUGGCCGUGCUGGAGAGGACGAUCCGCUUCCUGAUCUACGCCUCCUACCGGCUGUGUGGGGAGCCCCUGCGCCUCUACGACCCGCGCAUCAAUGACACACACCUGCAGGAGAGCCUCAGCUGGCUGCUGGACUGCUACACCAGUGGAAAGCACCCCAACCAGGAGGAGUUCCAGGCCCUCGGUCUCCUCUACAACCUGGGUGAGUAGUCCUGGGCCCGGUUCCCCAAAAGCAUCUUAAAGCUUAGUUCAUCGUUAGAACCUUCGUAUGAGUGUCGUUAAAUCUCUGAGCUGUUUCCCAAAACCAUCGUUAUUAAGGUUUCACUUGAAAACGCUCGUAAUCUAACGCCUGCCUCAGACCACUCGUAGAACCGCUAGCUAAGUGUGUCGUUAGAUGCUUUUUUGCCCUCGCGGUACAGUAAGCUAACACUGGCAAGCAAGCACACAGCCUAGCUAGCUAACGUUAGCUACACAUUCAGUGAGUGCUUAGUCGACUGGCAUUUUCUUUGUACUAGUUAUUUUGAAUGGCAGCCUUGCAUGUAAAGCUGCUAGAAGGAUGAAAUAAUGGCAGUCAACUAAGCACACACUGAAUGUAUAGCUAGCGUCAAUUUAUACACAGCUUUCCGCUAAACAUGGAUAAACCACGUGAUUCUGUCUCUCUGUGACGCCGAUAACUUCAGAAAAAAGUUGACUACAAAUACAAAGUUUCCAAUGUCUUUGCAAUUGAUACAAACAAGCGACGUAUAAAAAAAAUGCUUAAAUAAACCGAGAUGACUGCAUUAAAAUACAAACAGUAAGCUAUAGGUCCAUUUCAAUCAUAUUCAAAUACAUUUAAUGUUCAAUCAAUUGAGUUUUAGUUUGCUACUGUCUGUCUGUAAUUUGUCAACAUAUUUCAUGAUGUGAAGCCGAACAUUGGCGCCAUAAUGUGCCAAAUUGGUGAUAAGCCAACCUCAAUAUUUGCAGCCAUAAGUGGUAAUAUCUCUCUAGGAGCUGAUCUGUCGUCAGUAUUGUGGAAUAAUUUUAAUGUUAAGGAAAUAUUUGAAUGGAGAAAGCUGAUCCGAUAGCAGCGCUCCCUUUCGAUCCUAUCAGUAUCAACACAUGCUCCAACGACGUACUUAGCGACCGUUCUCUCUGCUUGGUGUUUUGGGAAACUCAUGUUAUGUCUUCGCCCGUUGUAAGAAAGGUGCAUGGUUAAAACACUCGUAAUUUCAUACAGAUAGCUGACAUACAGAGCACUACUCUUAAAGAUAAUUGAAUCACAGCCUCUCUGGGGACAGGGUUGGGUUCACCAAUGGUACACAUGAGAUGAAAGAAAUAGAAAUGUCCAAAGGACCAAUAUUGUGUAAAAGAGCUGCAUAUGAUUAGUGAUGGUGUUACUGCACAUUACAAGCUUGUAAUUUCACUAAAGGAGGAAACACACCAUAGAAACUGACAGCUGAGUGUACUGAAAAGCAACAGGUGGCUGUCCUAUCGCCUCUGACCACAGAACAUCGUCAGUAAUUUUCUUAAAAUUUCCAGACGAUUCUAUAUUUUGAUCUACUGUGUCUUCUCUCUAAACAGACUCAUAUUUCCUGUAUCAUUUAUCCAGGUUCAAGUCGUGCCACACAGCACACCAUGGAGCUGCCAGAGCGGAUACGCUCCUCCCCUGUCAUGCGUCUGGCCCUGUCAGUGAGCCGGGCCUUCAUGGAGCGCAACCCUGUACGACUCUUCCGAUUGGCCCACAGCCUGAACUUCCUGCAGAGCUGUGCCCUGCACCGGCACCUAGAGGCCUGUCGCAGGGACCUGCUGCUACUCUACAGCCACGGACACAGCAGCAAGAACUGCCGCUUCCCCCUCCACAAGCUGGCCCACAUCCUGGCCCUAGACGUCCCCCUCACCACCCAGCUGUGCCAGGCCCACGGGGUGGAAGUCCACGGGGACUCUGUGGUCUUCUCCAAGACCUCCUUCACUGAGCCAGAGGCUGGGAAGCUACAGUGUGCACACUUUCAUGAACUGGUGGACAGGAAGCAGAGUGAUCUCACUGUUGGUAGCAUCAUUCACGGCUGCACUUGA